AUGAUGAAAAGAAAUAAUAAAUCGCUUUCUAAAAAUAAGUUAUAUGUUUUGGCCGUUUCCGGCGGUUCUGAUAGCAUGUUUUUGUUAGAAAAAAUGCGUGGUGAGGGGUGUAAUUUAGUAGUUGCUCAUGUCAACUAUAAAAAAAGAGAGAAUAGCGAUUAUGACGAAAAAGUGGUGAAAGAUUAUUGUCAAAAAUAUUCUUUGCCUUGUGAAAUUCACCAAGUAAAAAGUUCUGAAUAUCAUUCCGUUAGCAAUUUUCAAGCCAGAGCUCGGCAAAUCCGCUAUAAUUUUUUUCAAAAAUUAGCCGAUAAAUAUCACACUAAAUAUAUAGUACAGAUUUAUCAAUAUUUAACUAAAAAUAAAAUAGAUUAUGCGGUAGAUAUUACGAACCAAUUACCAAUUUAUCAGCGCAAUAUUAUUCGGCAGAAAUUAGAUAAUUUAAGCCAAGCAGAAAAAAAAAAUCUGGAGAAAGAAAUUAAAGCAAAAAAUCAAGCAUUAAGAAAAACCAAAAAAAUGGUUAAAACUGCUGCCAAAAAACUAGUUAUUUCUCCUGCUGUUCUCGAACUUGAUCGAGAGGCUAAUGAACUUGAACCUCACGAAGUAAUCGAUAAAGACAUAAAAUUUAAAGAUCUUGACAUAAUUGUUGUUUUGAUUUCGCUGGCCUCUUUUGACAUGAUGUUUGGCACCAGUAUUAUCGGGUUCCUUUCUUACCCCUUUCGGGCUUGGAAAAAGAAAACCGAAGGGAGUAGCGUGCCGAGCAUUGGAUUUAAAGAUAUCGGUGGUUUACAAGAAGCCAAGGAAGAAUUAGGAGAAGUUCCAAAAGGGGUGCUAUUAGUUGGACCACCCGGUAAUGGUAAAACUCUAUUAGCUAAGGCAUUAGCGGGGGAAUGUCAGUUACCUUUUUUGUUCCGUUCCGGUUCUGAAUUUGAGGAAGCAGUAGUGGGAAUGGGAGCUCGCCGCAUGCGAGAACUUUUUCGGCAGGCUCGUAGUUAUCCCCAAGGAUGUAUUGUUUUUAUUGAUGAAAUUGAUGCGAUUGGUCGCAAAAGAUACUCUACUUCUAAUGUUAGCCAUGCUGAGCAAACUUUAAACCAGUUAUUGAAUGAGUUGGAUGGCUUUCAUCCUCGUGACAAUAUUGUCAUCUUAGCAGCCACUAAUUCUUUAAGAGUUUUAGAUAGUGCUCUUUUAAGACCAGGUCGGUUUGACCGGCAAAUUUUUAUUCCUCUCCCUAAUUUGAAAGGACGACGGGAAAUUAUUAGACUUUGCGUUAGAAAGUUAGCAAUCAAAUCUGAUGUUGACUUAGAGGAAAUUGCUGCCAUGACUAAGGGAUUAAGUGGAGCCCAAAUCGCUAACAUAUUUAAUGAAGCCUCUAUUUUAAGUAUUCGCCAUAAUAAAAGAUUUAUUGAUUAUGAAAUGAUUUUUGAGGCUUAUGAUCGAACCUUGAUGGGUCCUUCCUUGACAAGUCAAACUCUAACCCCCGCCAAAAAAAAAAUAGUGGCCUACCAUGAGGCUGGGCAUGCGGUGAUUGGCAUGAUUGAUUUAUAUGGUGAAAGUGAUGACGACUACUUAAUUAAUAAGAGCCAAAUGCUAGCUCAGGUUAUGUCUUCGCUGGGAGGUCGAGCCAGUGAAGAAUUAGUUUUUGGGCUCGAAUAUAUUACCGUAGGAGCUUACAGCGAUUUUAAGCGAGCCUCAGAAAUUGUUCGUAGUUUAAUUUUUCGUUAUGGAAUGUCAGAUUUAGGAAUUAUUCCUACCCAAGAGUCUUUUUUUUCUGGUGAAGAAAUACCGCUCGAAUUACCUGAAACUGCCAAACAAAAAAUUGAGAAAGAGCGGGAAAAAAUAAUGAACCAGUCAGCUCUUUUCACCACCCUUACUUUUUACUUUUUGAUUGACCCUAAUGGUCUUUAUAAUAGUGGGUUAAAUGGACUUUUACAAGUUGUUUCUAAGUUAAUAGUUGGUCGAAUUUUACGGGCAUUUUUCAAAGCCAAGUUAGAAAUAAUAAGCACUUCAAUUUUUUAUGUUUUGUCCCAAAUUAUUUGGACUCAAAUAUUUGGGUUGCUUAAUUUGCGAGAAUUUGUUUUCAAUCGCUUUAAUCCUAGUAGUUGGCAAGGUCUAAGUGCUAGUAGUCAAUUAUCUUUCACCCUUCCUUAUUACAUAGUUAUCGCCAUUGUUGCGGCCAUUAUUCAUACUUACGGAUACAGUCUAAUUUUCCAAGCCCAGGCCACUCCGGGUGGAUUAGAAAUUUUUACUUCUCAUUUUUCUUCUCGUGAAGGGAAAAAGAAAAUUUCAAUCAGUUCGCUGAUGAAAAUAUUCGGACUAGUUAUUAUCUUUGCCGUUACCCUCCUUAAUUUUACCAUGGUAGAAGAAGAGGAUAUGAAAAAGAUCAAGCAGUUAAAAAAAAAAGAGGAAAAAAAUAUUCAAGAAAUUUUUGCAAUUAGGGAAAAAAAUCGUUCGCUUACUAUUCUGUUCAGAAACAAAACCGGAUUCCAGCAAUUAGAAGAGUAUCCUCAGGAAAUAAAUUACUAUUUAGCACCAAACGAGAAAAGGGGGGAGAAAUUAGAAGUAGAGAAAGGAAAAAUUGAAAAAAAAAUAGGCAAGGCUGAAGGAGAAAAAUUAGCCAAAAAACUCCGCCGUAAGAAUGAUUUAGAGAACCGAAUUAACGAACUCAAAAAGGAGCAGCAAAGAAGUAUCCUCCCGAAGUAUUUAAGUUAUAUUACUAAUAAUGAACGACUGUGGGCAACCAUGGUUUAUAUUUUCCUUUCUUCUUUCUUAAUUAGUCAAAUUUUCCCCCGCGACCAAAUUGUUCUCCUUCGUCUCCAUUCCUCGACCGAAGAAAAUCGCAAUAAGGGAUUGAAAUUGUUGCAAAAAUUUUCUCCUAUUUACUACACCGUCUAUCGAAAAAAGGGUGAUGAAGAAGAAGUUAUUUACGUGACAAGUUGCCAUUUAAGCAAGUGA